ACGCCAUGAGCAGAUCGUGUCUUUGGCCAAUCAAAGCUAAGCAAGGCGGCUACGUCAUGCGGAAGUGUCGCGCUAUUGGCUGCCUGUGCGUGCUGUAGAGACUCGAGCGUGUGUACAGAGAGCAGCAGUGACUGAAGUCCAGCGCUGAGCUGAGCAGGUCACAGGAUCAAGCAUGGACCUGGUACUGAAUUUUGCAGACUCUCAUUUCUUCACUCCGUAUGUGUACCCGACCUCCUGGCCUGAAGAUGAGCCUCUGCGACAGAUCAUCGGGCUGCUGGUGGUCACCAACCUCGGCGCUGCAGUUUUGUAUCUUGGCCUGGGAGCUUUAAGCUACUACUUCAUCUUUGACCACAAUUUAAUGAAACACCCUCAGUUUUUAGAGAACCAGGUGAGACGUGAAAUAAAGUAUGCAAUGACAUCUUUGCCAUGGAUCAGCAUUCCCACAGUUGCACUGUUCUUUGCUGAAGUACGAGGCUACAGCAAGCUCUACGACAGUGUCAGUGAAUCUCCACUGGGCUGGCCAGGACUGAUCUUUAGCAUGUUCUCCUUCCUCUUUUUCACCGAUAUGUGCAUCUACUGGAUUCACCGAUUCCUGCAUCACAAGCUGAUCUAUAAGCAUUUCCAUAAACCUCACCACAUCUGGAAGAUCCCGACUCCGUUCGCCAGCCACGCUUUCCACCCCAUAGAUGGCUUUCUUCAGGGACUGCCCUACCACAUCUACCCUUUCCUCUUCCCCCUGCACAAAGUACUCUACCUGGGCCUCUAUGUGUUUGUUAACAUAUGGACCAUCUCCAUUCAUGAUGGUGACUACCGGGUCCCACAGCUGCUGGAGAAAUUCAUCAACGGAGCUGCACAUCACACUGAUCACCAUCUGUUCUUCGACUAUAACUACGGUCAGUAUUUCACGCUGUGGGAUCGCCUCGGAGGCUCGUACAGGCAUCCGUCAGCUCUGAUGGGGAAAGGGCCGCUUGAGUGCAUCAGGAACCUAAAGAGUUCUUUAAUGGGGCAUGCUAACGGUAAAGAAGAGUAGAUCGCCAGCAUCGUAACAUUGUUCCUUCAUAAACAUUGAUAUCCUUAAACAAGCUUUUAUUGUGUAAGGCAUGUCUUUUGCAUCAAAGUAAUGUGCUCUUAAUCUUCUAGAGCAGGGGUUCUCAAAUGUUUUGCAGCCGUUUAACUGUAAAAAAAAAAAUCUAUGAAUUGGAUUCAAACUUUGCACUCUCAGAGCACAUUUUUAUUAAAUCUGCCAUAAGGUUUAUUAUUGCAGGCCUACAUGUUUUUGGGUUACAGAUGUUUUUCUUUAAACCCAUUAAAUUCAAGCAACCAGGAAAAUAUUCUAUUAACUUUAACUUAACUUGGAUAUGCUUCACAGACCCUUUUGGGGAUCCGUUUUUAAGAACCAAGGCUCUAGAUAAAUCCCUGAGCUUGAAAAGCAGUAUAUAUUGUUGAGGAGCCUUUCAUUAAUUCCAUUUUUUUUUUCAGUAUAUUGCCAAACAUGUGCACUUUGAAAGUACAACACUGAGGAUAACUAAAUAAUUUAUUCCUUGCCAAUGUCCUUUGCACAUUAAAAUAAUAGAUAUUGUGUGCUGCAUAAAAGCAGGCUUUUAUUAGUUAGAGGAACAGUUCAGCCAAAAGUGAAAUUUACAUAGUUUACCCUUUAUCCUAAAUGUAGUUCUUCUUUAGUUUUACACUAAAGAAUGCUGCUUAUGAAGAUGCUGCUGCUAACAAUUAAGGCACAUUUUUAGCCACAGGUUUAGCAUCAUACAAUCUGCAAACAUUAAUCAUAACAUGUUAAAGUCCAAAUAGAUAAUUUGACUCUAAUACCAUUUGUACAUACACUAUAUGGCCAAAAGUGUGUGGACACCUGACCAUCACACGCAUAUGUGGGUCUUCCCCAAACUGUUGCCACAAUGUUGGAAGCACACAGUUGUAUGAACGUCUUUGUAUGCUGCAGCAUUAAGAUUUCCCUUCACUGGAACUAAGUGACCCAAACCUGUUCCAGCAUGACAAUGCUCCUUUGCACAAAGCGAGCUCCAUGAAGACAUGGUGUGCCAAGGUUGAGUGGAAGAACUCGAGUGUCCUGCACAGAGCCCUGACCUCAGCCCCAAUGAACACCUUUGGAAUGAACUGAAAUGCUGACUGCACCCCAGUCCUCCUCACCCAACAUCGGUGCCUGACCUCACUAAUGCUCUUGUGGCUGAAUGGACACAAAUCUCCACAGUCACACUUCAGAAUCUAGUGGAAAGCCUUCCCAGAAGAGUGGAGGUUAUUAUAGCAGCAAAGAGGGGACUAAAUCUGGAAUGAAAAAAAGCACAAGUGAGUGUUUUUUGCCCAUAUAGUGUACGUAGUUUUAUAAAAAAACAGAAAAAAUAACAUACAAAUCAAUUUGUGACUAAUACUAAGCAAAUCACUUCUUUUUAAUAAUCAGCCUUUUCAGAAAAUGCAUCAAGUCUCUUUGAGAUACUGAAAAACUCAUCACAGUUGGAGAUGAGUGUGUGGUGAUUUAGGUAAAUGAUGCUAAACUGGUAGCUACAGGCUUCCAUUACUUGUUAGCAACAUUAGUCUCAUAGCUCCAGUGCAAAACUAAAAAGCAAACAUAAGACACCAAUCAUGACAUCACCAUGUCUUGGCUGAUGGAGUACAUUUGUGAUGAGAGGAAAAUUGUUGAAAUUGGUCAUUUUUGCCCAAAUUAUAACAAUAACUAUUUUGCACUUUCUCACAGGUGACAUUUCUGAUGCUUGUGUAUUUCAACAUAUUCAACUGAAUUUCUCACCUUAAUGUGCAUGUGGGCUUCUCAUUAAUCUUUCUUCAUCCUGUAAAAAAAUGCUACAAAUAGCUGAACAGCCUUUUUCUCUUUUUGAUAAAGAAUUAAAAUUUGAGUGUGUGAAUGAGUGAAGAAUUUCAGAACAAUAAAAUUUAUAUUGCCAAUAAAAAGCUAAUUUCUAUGGA